AUGACAUUGUUUCCUCACCCCCUGUCUGCUCUGUCUGCAGCCGAGACAAACAAAGCGCGGGAUAUCGUGCUCGCCGCUCACCCCGGUACCGUUCUCGACUUCAGGCAGAACUACCUAUGGGAGCCGCCCAAAGCCGAUGUGGUGAAGUUCUUAGAGCUCGAGCACUCCGGUGCUCUCACAGCUUCAUCACCAAGGCCAGCAAGAUGCGCACAAGUGUUUUACGACGUGAUUGGCGGUGCCCAAAAAGCGCAAUACUACGAGUCCAUUGUGGACUUGGGGCUCGGGAAGAUUGUUGAUCAAAAGCGGAUUGGUUCCGAGCAUCAAGCGAGUUUGACCAUAUAUGAGUUUGAGACCUUGGCCGAGGCCGUCAAGCGCUCUCCUUUGUUUCAGAAGAAGAUUGCAGAAUUGAAGCUGCCAGAGGGCUUCGAGGUCGUUAUCGAGCCUUGGCCCUAUGGCGCGCCUGACGCUGCGGACGGUGACAACCGUUUCUUCCAGGCUCUCAUCUUCGCUCGCGAUACCAGAAGCGGAAACCCAGACUCCAACUUCUACGCCUACCCCCUGCCCUUGAUCCCUGUUAUGGAUGCUCACAAGAAGGAGAUUGUACGCAUUGAGGAGCUUGCCACAGGUGGCAAGGGCGACGCCUUACAGGGCAAGACACAUGCUCCUACGAUUAUCGACCACUGCAAGGAGAGCGAGUAUGUCCCUGAGCUGCUGCCAGGCGGCACACGGAAGGACCUUAAGCCUUUGACUGUUGUCCAGCCCGAGGGCCCUAGUUUCUCCAUUACAGAGGGCAAUUUGAUCCAGUGGCAGAAGUGGCGCAUGCGUGUUACGUUCAACCCCCGUGAGGGUGCUGUAGUCCACGAUAUCCGCUAUGAUGGACGCCCGGUUAUGUACCGUCUCAGCAUCAGCGACAUGACUGUGCCUUAUGCCGAUCCUCGCCCGCCCUUCCACCGCAAACAAGCUUUUGACUUUGGCGAUGGUGGUCUCGGCAAUGCAGUUAACAACUUAACCCUGGGCUGUGAUUGCCUGGGUGUUAUUAAGUACUUCGAUGGCGUCCUGAUUGAUGACAAGGGUAAGGCUACAGAGACUAAGAACGUCAUUUGCCUCCACGAGCAGGACAACGGUAUCAACUGGAAGCACACCAACUGGCGCACCGGCCGUGCUGUUGUGACCCGUCGUCGUGAGCUCGUUAUCCAGUUCAUCAUUACUCUCGCGAACUAUGAGUACAUCUUCAAUUUUAAGUUUGACCAAGCCGCCGGCAUUGUUGUCGAGGCUCGGGCGACAGGAAUUGUCUCUGUCGUUAACAUAGACCCUGGCAAGACCAGCCCAUGGGGCAAUGUGGUCAGCCCUGGUGCUCUGGCACAAAAUCACCAGCACAUCUUUUGUGUCCGUAUCGACCCCUCCAUUGACGGAAACGAGAACACAGUGGUGCAAGAAGAGAGCCUGCCGCUGCGAAUUGAUCAGCGCACAAACCCCAACGGCAAUCUGUACGAGGUUAGACAGACGCAGGUCACCACCUCUGCGGGGUUCGACGCAGCGCCGAUGAACAACCGCGUCUUCAAGGUCCAGAACUUGAAAAAGCCUAACCCCAUCACCGGCAAGCCGGUCGGAUAUAAAAUCACACCGCCUGCGACGCAACUGCUCCUCGCGGACCCCAACAGCGUCCAGUCUAAGCGCGCCCUGUUCGCCCGCCACCACUUGUGGGUUACAAGGUAUAAGGACCACGAGCUCUUCGCCGGUGGCCGCUACACCCUGCAAAGUAAGGUUGAGGUUGGCGGUGUUAAGGAUGCUGCCGACAGGAACGAAGAUGUCCUCAACCAGGAUCUCGUUGUCUGGAGUGUCUUUGGUCUGACGCACAACCCUCGUAUUGAGGAUUGGCCUGUCAUGCCUGUUGAGAUGUUGCAACUGCAUAUUACGCCUUCUGACUUCUUCACCGGAAACCCUGCGCUUGAUGUUCCGUCAGAUAAAGAUAUUGGGUCCAAGUUGACCACUGGGUGUUGUGCUCCAAAGUUGUAA